ACUUUAAAUCCCAUUCCAAAAUAUCAAUAAAGUAGAAGUAACAUACAAAAUCACAAACAAAAUAUUUAGAGGUUAAAAGGGGUACUUUAGUCUUUUACUUAUAAUUUUAUCACCUAAUACAUUAUCUUCUCCCCCGCAUUAAACAUUUCUCCUCGAAACCCUAAAUUCUCUAAAAAAAAUAAAAAGAAAGACAAAACAAAUAUUUCUUCUUCUUCUUCCUCCUCCGUUGUUAUGGCAAUAAUGAGCAAAGAAGAAAAAAAGACAGAGAACAAGAGGAUCAACGAGAUCGAUGACUCACACGAAGACGAAGAGCUGGAGAACCAGAAGAUGGAGAUUUUCUUUAGUCUGAUCAAGAACUAUCAACAAGCCAAGAAACGAAGACGACAAGAGUUAACUCAAGAUUCCGGCGACGUUUCUUUGAUUCCGACCAAGGGAUCCGAAUCCGGCAUUGUUCCUGUCUUCCGUCCCGAAGAUUUCUCUCACUGUGUUGAUUUAAACUUAAAACCAUCGAAUUCGAUUACCCCUCCUACCAGUAAUCAAGAAGAGGACAAGGGAGAAGAUGAAGAUAAAGAUGAAGACAAAGAAGAAGAAGAAGCAGAGAAGGAGAUAAGAGAAGAUAGUGGUUUGGAUCUUAAUCAAGGUUUAGAUAAUGGUUUAGAUCUUAAUCUAGCAUUGUAAUAAUACACUCUGUUUCUCCGUUUCUGUUUCGUGAAUAGGAAACAAAAGCUUUCUUAA